AUGUCAACAGCUAAUGUUUUGAGAUAUACUGCCCUUGGUUUGGGUUUUCUAGUUGGGUUCAAGACUGACUGGUCUUUGAAAUCAGAAGCUAGAGAAAGAGAAGAAGAAGAUAAGUAUCAAGCUCAACUUAAAUUAGUUGAGGAAGCUAGAAAAGAAUAUAGAAAGUUACACCCAGUAGCUUCACUGGAAUCUGAUAAAGUCGAGGUCAAUCUAGAUGAUCCAAAUUUUGAUUUUGGUAAAUUCAUUGAAGAAACUGUAGGAUCUUUAAAGGCUUAA